AUGUCUCGCCCAGGUUUUCACGGUGCUUCUGCCAGAACUGCUUGUUGCAGCUGUGGUGGUGGUCUGCGGGCAGCGACUCCAUUUCGCUACUACAGUGAGCCAUUGCUGAUUGGAGAAAGUGCUGUGACUGGCCACCCCCUUCCACGAACAGCCUCGCACUACUCGGUUGACGUGGACUGCAAGCUUCUGGAGUUCAACCUGACCAUCAGCGGCAGCACAGGGCAGCUUCAACUCCAACAAGGGUGCGACACCAUUGGUUGCGGCCGCGCUGUGGACGACUUCCAGGUGACCUGCAUUGUGACAGCUCACCAAGGUGACUUGGAGGCGUCAGCAAGGCUCCACGUCCUUGCUUCCAACUUCCUGGUCUACGAAAGUUUGGCCCUCAUCGUGACCGACGACACGAAGACAUUUCCUGCUCGCUUCCGUCCCGGAGAGGAUCCGGGAGGCUUGGCCCUCGCUUGCAUUCCGACUCCGGAGCAAGAAGCACCAUGGCAACUGGAAGCCGACGGGUCUUUGACCGUGGAUGCCUCACAGAAGCCCAAGACAGGGCUGACCAACCUGACUUUGCCAUGGCUAUCGUCAGCGCCGGGGGGCCUUUGCCAGGUCCGGAAUUCUUCCAACCAGACAUCCAAUGUGCUGGUCGUUCUGCCAGAGACAUGGGCCAAGAUUGAAUAUCCGCAUGACACUCUGUACGUGGCCCCCGGAACCAGCUUCGGGCCGGCCUUGAACCCGAGCAGCGGCGGCGAGGGCAGUGUAGCACCAACCCGGUUUUCGGCAUCAUGCGAAGACAAGAGCGUGGCUGUUGAUGUGGUUUUCGAUGAGCUGACCGGUGUAGCAUCAGUGGCUGGAUUCACGCUCUUUCAUCUGAAUGUAGAGACGGGGGCAUUGAAGCUGACGCCAGAGGAAAGAGUUUCAGAACUCUUGGACGGCUUGCAGUCGAAAUCUCACCGAGGGCGUCUGGAGCUCUCCUGCAAGAUCUUAGGGCUCUUUGAGUGGCAAGUCGGGGUCCCUGUGCCGCCUAUUGUCAAGACACUGGAGGUGUUUGUGCAGGAUGCAACGUGCUGGCAAGACGCGCAGAUUCCCCAGGCACACGUUGUGCAGACUCUCAGCGGUAUUUCGGAAGGAGACUGCCGUGGAGCUUGCCGCACGGAUGUUCGAUGUGGGGCCUACAAUUCGCAGUCAAAUGCAUGCCAAUUUCUGGCUCCUUGCGGCCCGCAUCCUGUUGAGGGCUGCCAGCCCUUCUCGGCAUAUGUCAAGAUCACGAACUGUAGCAUCGAGCACACAUGCAUGAACCUGACAGGCUCCAAGCCCGUAUGGCUCUACAGUGGCCUCUUCUGUCCCAUCGCCUUCGAGAGGACCACUGUGGGCACCCCCGCUGGCUGGGCCUUCCGGAAGAGCGUCGCCACGCCGCAAGAUGUGUUCUACUUGGCUCCCGAGACGAGCGAAGCUGCCAAGUGCGACGGGGGGCUGCUGCUGAUCAGGAGCAACAGAACCUGGGAUUUCGAGAAUACAAGCUCCAAGUACAUCGAGCUCUUUGGCGAGCACCUUGCUUGCCUCACGGCGGAUGUUCCUCAUGGUGUCGUGCAGGCUACCUUCGACAAGGGUAGGCAGGAUUUGAAGAUCAAGCACGAGAAGACCUUCAUCGGCAAAGGCCUGCAGCUGAUGCUGAAGCCGCAGUCGUGCCAGGCUCCGGUCUUGUCGCCGGAGAUGUCAGAGGCGCUUGUGGUCGAUGAUCCGAGUACCACCACGGACAUGGACUUCACUUUGCAUGCUUGCGACUGCUUUCCUCAGAGCUGGACGGGCGACCCGGUGACUUCCAAGAGUGCUAGCCAGCUGCCACCGGGCAGUGACAACGAGUACGUGCCUCUGACCAUCGAGAUUGCUAAAGGCUCGCUGGUCUGUGAUCAGGAGUCCUUGCUGGCAUUGUCCACCCUGCUCGACGCAUCGCACGAGGAGGACUGUCACCAUGCCUGCCAGCUGAACAACAGCUGCCGAUUCUUCUGGGUUGGCUCAGCUGCUGCAGUUCAACAAUGUCGGCUCUACACGGCUUGUCCGACUUUGCUCACAGAGGCAGGUGCCAGCGGCAUCCUGGCAGCUCGAUCAUCGGAGAAAGUCUGCCGCCGUGCGGACCCAGAGAAGUGCUGGGCGUUUUAUCGCCGGAAAUUCCUGUUCGCCACCACAAGCACGUCUGGUCCUAGCGACUGUGCCCACCAGGCCCUGCUGGAGCAGUGCGACGUGAACUUGAUGAUGGGCGGUGAAGGAGUAGAGGAUUGCUCGCGCUGUCUCUACGCUUCUCUUGGCUGGAGUCGGAGGCGACAGGGGUGGCAGCGGAAGCGUCAGCUCUCGGGCAGCUUCGCCUCUGGGUCCCAGCUGGAAGUCUCUUGUUGGUCAGAGCGCUACGCUGCGGUGACCCCCUGGCAGGCUGGUACCCAGAAACAGAGCUACAGUCUGAGCUGCUCCGGCGGGAAAUGGUGGGGUCCCCAUGGCGAGCCGGGCUUAUCUGGCUUUGCAUGCGGGCCAUGCGUGCAGGUGGUGCAGCCGGACUAUGCCGGCUACCAGGAGAAGGGCGAACAAGAACUGUUCUUCCUGCCCAACCUGAACAUCAACAUCGGGUUCGAUGCCUUGUGGCCGAUGGUCGUUUCCUCCAACGGCGACCUCGUUGAUGGUUCGCUGAAAGACGGGCCUCGGCACCAGAGCAGCUUAGUUGGGCGCGAAGAGGACAGCUCGCUGCUGCAGUGGAGGGCCCGAGGCCAAAGCGCAGAAAGGGACAGAAAUGGAGCUACCGGGAUUUG